CGUGUCCGUCCUGCCGCCGUCAUCCGCGUCGAACUCCAAGAUUCUGCGUUCAUCUUUUCCCAUCGUCCCUUUCUGCCACCACAACACGGGGAGCUCCCAAUUGCGCCCAUCAUCCUCCUUUCCGCCUGAACAUCUCCUAUCAUCGUCGCGACAACCAAAAAUCACGAACCGCGCGUAUCAGAACGCGUCAUCCUUCCUUUAGUUCAUCGCAUUAAGCCUUUGGCGUCGCGACUUGCCAAUUUACCCCAUCCAUACCCUUGCUCCCUAUCAGCUCCUACCGAGCUAUUGCUCCAUCAACUGCAAUGUCUGACGAGCCGACCACCAGCGGUCAAUCCGCGCCUGCCACGAAGGAGGAGGUCGAGAAGAAGGUUCAGGAAACCUCGUCUACCGCCGAAGCUUCCGCAGCACCUGCCGCCGCCGACGCGAAAACAUCCGAGUCCGACGCAGUUGCUGAGGGCAACACCGAGGAGGCGCAGGAAGAGGGCGCCAAAAAGACAAACUCUGACACCAAAGACGCGGAAUCAUCCGGUAAAACGGAUGAGCCAUCCAAGGACGAAGAUGCGGAUGUCGAUAUGAAGGAUACCACUGAUGCAUCCGAGGCCAAGGACGCUUCCGAGAACGCUGCUGCUGAUGCUGACGCUGCUGAUGCGACAGCCGAUAAGUCCAAGUCCCGUCGCAGGUCGUCCGGCAUUUCAGAGCAUAAAGGAAAGAAGCUCAACAAGAAGGCUUCCAAGGCCAAGUUCUUCCACACCAAUGCGCAGCCUGGGGAUCACUUCCUUGUCAAGCUCAAGGGAUAUCCUCAAUGGCCCGUAAUUAUCUGCGAUGAGGAGAUGCUGCCUGAGACCUUGCUCAAGAGUCGCCCCGUCACAGCAAAGCGUGCUGAUGGCACAUAUCGUGAGGACUAUGCCGAUGGUGGCAAGCGACAGAACGACCGCACGUUCCCUGUCAUGUACCUUCGCACGAACGAAUUCGGCUGGGUACCAAACUCUGCGCUUCAGGAGUUAUCCUCUGAAAAGGCCACCGAGCUUCUUACUGACAAGGUGAAGAAGGUUGAGCUGCGUGACGCCUUUGAACUAGCCAUUGAACAGCACCCGCUCGAUCAUUACAAGGACGAACUGCAGAAGUACCAAGACGAGCUCGCUCAGAAGCAGGCUGCCAAGGAUGCCAGAGAAGCUGCAAAGAAGAACAAGAAGAAGGCUCCUGCGGUCAUUGAGGAUGAGGAUGUUGACAUGGCUGAUGCUGCCGAAGAAGACGUCGCUGAUUCCAAGGAGAAAACUAAGACUAAGAAGCGUAAGGCUGAUGAGGAAGCUACUCCGGCACGGACAGACUCCGCCAAGAAGCCAAAGAUCAAGCUGAACACAUCCUCCACCCCCAAGACAACGAACGGCACAGCAACACCGAAGUCUGGCAAGGAAUCGGCUGCAAAGCCGCCAAAGCCCAAAUCGGCAAAGAAGGACGGCGUCGAGAAAAAGGCAGAAAAGGUGACUCCCAAGGAGCCCGAGCUCACUGCUGAAGAGAAGCACCAUCGCAAAGAGAAAGAGGUUCUUUUCCUGCGUCACAAGCUCCAGAAGGGUCUCCUGACGAGAGACCAAGAGCCCAAGGAGGAAGAGAUGAAGUUGAUGUCGGAAUACAUCACCAAACUCGAGAGUUUUGCAGACCUCGAGGUCUCGAUCAUCCGCGCAACCAAGAUCAACAAGGUCCUGAAGGCCAUCUUGAAGCUUGAGACGAUUCCGAAGGAAGAAGAGUUCCAUUUCAAGAGCCGGUCGCAGACGCUACUGGACAAGUGGACCGAGAUAUUAGCCGGAGGCAAUGCUGCGGCAGCAUCUGUAACCCCUGCGCCCACCAAUGGUGUCAAUGGAACCAAGGGUGAGGAGAAGAAGGACACGCCUGCUGCCUCCGAGGGUUCAAAGGAGGCGAGCAAGGGCACGGAGAAGUCCAAUGAGGCUGACAAGCCCGCCGAUAAGGAGGACAAGGAGCAAAAGAACAAGAAGUCCGUGGAGCCUGAGACGGCAGAAGAGGCGCCCAAAAAUGCUGCUGAAUCGGUUGAGAAGUCCGCUGAAGAGGUAAAUGGCAGUGUGCCUCUUGCACAUGUUAACGGUAGCUAACCUUGUUUGUAGCCGGCACCUGCAGCCCCAGAACCAGUCGAGGCCAAGGCUUAGGCCUGCCGUUUAUAUCGCAGAAGUUCUCGAGAGUGAAGACAUGGGUCCAGACGUAUGUGGGCGUCGCAGGCCACCGGGGCCUGGC